UGUCAGCCUCAAAGAAUAGACGACCAAUGACGACCCAGCAGGGAAGUAUCAGCAGCAUUGAUCUGGUUGUCAUCUGUCCAGCGUUUGGUCUUUUUUAAAAUCGGUAUAUUCUCUACUGUAACCUUCAGUGUAAGCUUGCUUUGGCGUUAUAUCACACUAGAGUUAGCAAGCGUGUUGGUAGCAUUCAUUAUAUUUUCAGUGAUAGCUUAGCCUUGUGACUGUAACACCAGCUUGUCUCAUAUAGGGGUGAUCUUUAUGACUGCAGAGAGACACCAUGUUCCCAGCCAAGCUAGCUUUGAGCACUCUGAAAAGGAUCCACCAUGGAGCUUGUUAUCGAUGUCUUUCUACCUGCUUCGUCCAGAAGGAAGGGAUAAAGGCUGGAGAUGGGCCCCACUCAGACUCCCGUGUGUGGAAGAGAAAGCCUAAGAACCAAUCUGCAAUCUGGUCAUCAAUAAGACUUCUUGAAACACAGCAAAACGGGAGAAGACCGUUCAGUUUAUCAGCUGCUACUAUAGUAAAUUCAGCACCAGUACACGUCCAACCGUACCUCCGGCUGAUGAGGCUGGACAAACCUAUAGGGACAUGGCUGCUGUACCUCCCCUGCACAUGGAGCAUUGCUCUGGCUGCUAACCCUGGAUGCUUCCCAGAUCUGGGCAUGCUCACACUGUUUGGUACAGGUGCUCUUCUCAUGAGAGGGGCCGGCUGCACCAUCAAUGACAUGUGGGACAAAGACUUUGACAAAAAAGUGUCCCGCACAGCCUCUCGACCAAUCGCAUCAGGAGAGAUUUCUCAAAUGCAGGCGCUGGUCUUCCUGGGAGGGCAGCUCUCACUUGCACUUGGGGUUCUUUUGUGUCUCAACUAUUACAGUAUAGCUCUGGGUGCUGCUUCUUUAUCUCUUGUUAUCACCUACCCGCUGAUGAAGAGGUUCACUUACUGGCCACAGUUUGUGUUGGGACUCACUUUUAACUGGGGUGCUCUGCUCGGCUGGUCCGCUAUUAAAGGCUCUUGUGAUUGGUCCGUGUGUCUCCCGCUAUACUUCUCAGGAGUGAUGUGGACGCUGGUAUAUGACACAAUAUACGCACAUCAGGAUAAGGAGGAUGACAUCAAAGUAGGAGUCAAAUCUACUGCACUGAGGUUCCAGGAGCAAACCAAACCCUGGCUGAGUGGCUUCGCUGUGGCCAUGAUGUCUGGACUGGUGAUAGCUGGAGUCAAUGCUGAACAGACUCUCCCUUACUAUGCUGUACUGACCGGUGUGGCAUUGCACCUGACACACCAGAUUUACACAUUAGACAUCAACAAAACAGAAGACUGCUGGAAAAAGUUUGUUUCAAACAGAAACCUUGGCCUGUUGUUAUUUUUAGGUAUUGUUGCCGGGAAUUUGUGGAAAGAAUAACAACAGACUUUGAAGAAAUGAACAAGCCUUCAUAUAAUUAGUGGAGACGAUGUUUUAUUACAUUUGUGUGUUCUGUUUUUUAUGAGAAGUACUCGUUUAACAACCUAUGUAUUUUCAUAAAUGCCAGUAAAUCUAAAUUGAAAUUGCUGCAAUAAGUUUGAUUGACCACCAGGGAGCAGUAUGAUUAAUUUCCUACCUGAUGAAUGUACUGUACGCCAGUGGCCUCAUUACUUUGUUUUGGUUUGUAAAACACAAAAAUAUCUGGGUCUUUGCGCCACAUCCUUCAUGAGUCACUGGUUGACAUUGGUGCUCUUUGUUUUUAUGCUGGGCAGGCAGCAUGUAGAUCUGCAGACUUUACUGGGGUUUUUUUAGUGCUUUUGCAACAUGAGACUGUUCUCACCUAUGAUAUUUCAGUACUCUAUGCUUCAGUACUCUAAAACUCUGCCCCAAAUUUAAAAGAGAAUUCAUUUCCAUCCAGUCCAGUGUAAACCUAAGUACAUCUUCCGAUAUAGAAGGUAGGUUUAGUUGCAAUAACUUGAAGUAAUCAUUUUCUCUAUGACUUUAUGGUAAAUGGUAAAUGGCCUGUAUUUAUAUAGCGCUUUCUAGUCCCUAAGGACCCCAAAGCGCUCUACAUAUCCAGACAUCCACCCAUUCACACAGACAUUCACACACUAUCAGUUUAUCAGUUUCUUACAUUGUUGUUGAGGAAUUUCGGCCCACUCUUCUUUACAGUGUUGCUUCAGCUCGAUAUUUGCAGGCAUUUGUUUAUGUGGAAGUUUCUUAAGGUCCUACCAAAGCAAUUCAAUCAGGUUGAGGACUGGACUUUAAUCGGUCCAUUGCAACACUUUGAUGUGUUUCUUUUUUUAGCCAUUCUGUUGUAGAUUUCCAGGUUUGCUUGGGAUCAUUGUCCUGUUGUACGACCCAGUUUUGGCAAAACUAGCUGUCAGACAGAUGGCCUCACAUUUCACUCUAAAAUACUUUGGUAUACAGAAGAGCUGAAGGUCGACUCAGUGAAUGUAAGGUGUCCAGGUCCUGGGCAUCCUGUGUUUUGGUUUUUGUCAAACGUAGGUCUGUGCAUUUUGGCCAUGUUGGGUUUUUUUUUCUUAUGUGUCAUUCAGUUGAAACUUGGCAAACCUAAACUGCUGCUUUCUUUUUAGAAAGAAGAAAUUUUUCUCCUGGCAAACAAGCCACAACUGUUCAGUCAAAUUGUACUGCCAUGAGAGUCUGAGAUGUAGCCCAUAUUACAUCUGAAUGCUCCAACCCAGAAACCGCUGAAAAAAACGCUUUUAUAGAGGUGAUCACACGUGCUUUUGCUUUUUGAUUAACAGCAUGUAGGGGUGUAAUUAGUGUUUUAUAAUUGCAUCUGAAAUGUAGAAAUAGUGUUAUAAUCUAAGCCCAGUUAUAUGUUAUGUUCCUGAAGCCAAAGUCAACAUUCUUUUUACUUUAAUAAUAUAGACUACUGUUCUAGUGAAUUGAGGUUUAAAAUGAUAAAGAGCAGGAUUAUAUUAACAAGUGGAAAAAGACCUAUGUAUGUUUUGGAUAAAAGAUUCAAACCAGACAAAUUUCUAAAUUCUACCGCUAUAACAAUGCAAGUAACAACCAUCUGAGUGUUUAUCCAGUUUACAAAAGUGUAGAUUUUUCUCUGUGUCGGUGUAAUAUUUGGGAAAAGGUUCCUGUGAAUAUGAUGGUCUGCUUUCACUGUUGCUGCCCAGGUGAAAAACCCCACAAAGUGUCCUAAGUGUAAACCAUGCCACCACAGUGAAAAACCAAAGCACAUGAAUAGUGGGAAGUGUUUGUGCCUUGCAUAAACUAGUCUACGCAGCCAUGAAGCUGUCGUGGCGUUCCAGCGACGAGUAAACUGUGACAUGCAUAUUGACGCCUCAGUGGUCCAGAAGUCCCCAUCGGAUAGUCCGCUCCAUUUGGAGAAAUAGUCCCCAGAUGAAUCUUCCCAAAAGCCAAACCCUGCUGCGUUAUUGAGGCAUUCGCUGAUCUUCCAGUGAGAGUAAUACUGUAUUCUUAAAACCAGUCCAAGACACCAGGUCGACAGGAUGCCAUAGAGGAUGCCAGGGUUGAAAUCAUGGAUAAGAUAUUUUAGAAAAUAGACAAGAUAAAAUCUAACCCACUCUAGCAUUAACACUUGCAUCAGCUUUAGGAAAACUACACCUAGUGGCCUGGGUGGCGAGGUGAGGUUGAUCCCCUCCAUUAGAGUAAUGAAUUGUCCAUAGGAACCCAAAGGACCACCAAGCAGUGUGGUAAAAUUGAGGAUGUAGCUGAUAAGAGGGAGAAGCGUGACACAAGCCUGCCUUUUGGAUGGUGUCAGUACGCCUCGUUUUUCUUGAAGGUCCAAAGACACAGAGGUGAUUCUCUGGGUGAGCAGCAUCAAAGUGGACACUGCCAAAAAUAGUCUGAAAGUGAAAGAGAUGUUACUGUGAUUAAAUAGGAUAUCUGUAUACAUUUAAUCUUUUUACAUUAGAUGUAAAAACAUUAUGUCUAACUUAGGCUAAGGGUUCAUCUAUAAUGGUGAAGAAAUGGCCUCUGACGUUCAUAUUGGAGUCUGUUUAGUAGCUGUUCUAGUGCUGUGAUCACACAAAGUUGAUUCUUGGAAACUGCAUCUAACAGGUUAGGCAACAACAUAAAAAUUCUUGGAAACAAGAAACAAAGUCAACAGGCUGCUAAAAUCACGUGUUGUGGUUGAAUGCUUCAAGCAACAGAGAAUGUUUUAUUGAAAAACACAUGGUUGUUUUGACUUUGACAUAUUUCAUAAAAGUGUGAUUAGGAACAUUUUUGCCACUGUGUUUACAACCCUGUAUGCAUUUGAAAACUGAAGGGUCUGUGCUGUGUUCUAAUCCUAUCAAAGAUCAGAACAUAGCUUAUAUAUUUGAAAGAGCAAGAUAACCUGCUCAGGAGUUUCACCUCCCAACCGUUGUGGCAGAUGUCUGUCCCUCCCUGGAGGCUUCUUCCUGUUAAAAGGGGGGUUUUCCUUCCCACCAUCACCAAGUGGUUUGCCCAUACGGUAUCAUCUGAUUGUUGUGGUUUUCUCUCUAAUACUGUAGGGUCAUUGCCUUACAACUUAAAGCACUCACUUUUGUGAUUUGGUACUAAAUUCAAAUGACGAUUUUAUGUUCUACAUUGUUAUAUUUCUAAUUUCAUGAUGCAAAUGUGUUCUUUCUUAUGUAAAUAUGAUCUUUCUUGAAAAAGACGAUGUCUCUAUUGUUCCAAACCUAGUAGAUAUUGUUACACAUUAGUGAUGCCUUUGCAGGUAAUCAAUGCCUGGAUACCAUCACGGAUACUUGAUUUUGAAAUAUGUGCUAAGCAUGAACUGCACCUUCUUAAAGUAUCCAAAAAUGUACUGCUCUGGUCACAGGUCCUCAUUCUUUUUAAAGGUGCCAACUUUUUGUAACUUGUUAUAGAAGAGAGAGGAGAGAUCCCCUCUCCAGUUUAACUUCUGAAAGAGUCAGCUUCCCUGCUUGGUUUUUAAAUAAAUACCAUAGCCUUUUUUCCCCCAGUCUUAUCUUGCUUCCUUAUUAGAAACAGGUUGUUAAGCUUAUAUUUUUCAGACAACAAGCUUUCACAGCUUCCACAUGUGAAGCUAUUGUUUUACAUGUAAUAUUUUCAGUUGAAUAUGGAAUUUCAA